AUUAAAAGAAUUCUUCUAAUGAUUCAUACUGUUACAUAUAGAGUUUUUUAUAUAGCUUUCACUCUCAUGUUUCAUCACUCUGAAAUUAUGCUGUAAAUCACUUCCAUUGCUGAUUAAUUACAUUACUUAUUAGUACCACUGAUUUCUGACUCCUUCUGACAGUUAGAAACAUGCAUGCUCAGAUUGGGUCAACAGAAAUAUUCGACACAAGUUGUCAGUUUUGACCAGUGACAUAAUGUUAAUGGCUGCAGUGACAUCACAUUUUGGUGCAUAUAUUCACAGUUCUGAUGUUUGUUGGCAAAGCCAACAAAUGAGAAUGCAAGAACACCUGGCUGCUGUGGCCGUUUAAUCUGUAGUUUAGCCCAAGGUAUACUUUAGGUUGGAAGGUGAGGUUUGGUUUGACUUGGCAAAGUGGAUGAAUGUGAAACUAAGAAAACCUAUUGGUGGUGACUGACUGAUCUGUAGCUAAGCACACCUGAAAAAAAGUGGCACUGACAUUAUGUUAUAGUAGUUAUAUUGUUCAUAGCCUCUGUCGCAUGUUCCCUACAUCCCUGGUCAAAGCCAACCUCUUGCAUCAAAUAUUCCUCUAAAUCGCUAUUAAAUGAAUACUUAAAAUAACUAUCAGACAUAUCUAAUUUCAGCAUAAUAUAGUUUUAGGAAAGAAAAUCUAUAGAAGUUACAGCUUUUAGUCAAACAGAGUAUUUUUCAUCAGCAUUAGAAAUGUUGAAUAAGAGAUGAGAAAUGUCAGUAUCCAUAAAAUUUAAUUAACAAAGCAAUGACAUUCUGUAAUAGGCAAAGUUAUUAAUGUGUUUUUUACAUUCAAACUGAAAUGGUACUCAGAAAGGUGAAAAAAGCAGAAACAAAAAACUGGGCCCAUCAACCAACAAGAUAUGUAGAAUGACCUAUACUGGUUAACAUGUUCAUACACAAAUUUGAUGCUGAUUCAAACUAAAAUAAAGUAUUAUAAGUCAGUAACAUUACACUACUGAAAAUAACUGUCAGUAUAUACUGGACAUGCAUUUCUAUCAUGAAAGAGUGUGAUGCAAAUGAGUAUAUGAAGCAAUAAAUCUGAAAUACUAUUUUCACACUAGGCCUAUUCUAUUUGUUUCUUCAUCCAGGGAUCAUCUCACGACUUAGGGUUCAUCACCGUAAUACAAUGAAAAUUAAUAGCACAAGUAUACACACACGCAGAAUAUGUAAAGCAGUAUAUGAGAACCAGUUGACUGUAGCCAUGGUGAAAGAACAAAAUAUAUAUCUGAAUUUAUGACAUUCUAAGACAUAAAAUCUCAGUAAAUACCCACAAUUCUUAAAAUCUUCAUCAUACAAUUACUGAGUUGUCACCACGUCACAUGUUCCAGUUCAUUCAUAUCAGAAAGUUUGUCUGAAGAAUAUAAAACAUUAAUUUGUCUAGCUUAAAUGAAAUAAUUCCACAAUGAGUACAAUAUUAACUGCACAUGAACCAGACAAGACUGUCUGGAGGCAACUAUUUGCAAGGUUUUAAGAAUAUUGUUAGGUAAUGAAAUCAAAUGAAUAAAGUCUAACAAUGUCUUUCUUUAAAUAGUGAAAUUAAUUCUUAUUAUAGUAUGCUCCACAGAAUAUGUAGACACGCAACAUCUAUUCACUGCAGGGCUAUAGUAUGGAGUAUUUCAUGCAAGUGCAUUUUACAGCCUAUCUGGGUCCAUAGACACAUGUGUGUAAUGUGGAAGGAAUUUUGGGAAUGCAGAAAAAAAAAAUUGAGACCUUCUUCCAAGGAAAGGCAAACUAGCUUUCGCUGAAAUUAUUUAGAAAUAUCAACACCACAGAGUGAAAAUUUUUGUUGUUAAAUUUAUGUACAGAGUUGUUAAAUACUAGUUUGGAGAAUAAGGAACGUAGUCAAUGAGUAUUAUACAGGCUCAUUACCUAUAUAAGUGUUAUAAAUCAACAUCUACUGUAACCAAGAGGGCAUCUGUACACAACAUAAUCCAACGGGAGCACAUAAUAAUGUGACGAAAUCCAUCGGCGGAAUUUAAUGUUAAUGAGUGCCGGUAACAAUUAAAAAAAGUGACGAAGCGUCACACAGAUUAUCCGACAAUUUAGUUCAGUGAUGCGGGAUGUCCAGACAACUGUUACUGCUUCAUUUGUGGCCACAACUCUUAAACAGGUUUAUUACUUUCAUAAGGCAACAUGUACACCGUGAGCAACUCUCCACUAAAGCAACUACUUUUCGAAAUCAAAAAACCUAUUUACGUUGAAGUUAUAAUUCAAAUAUAACACACAAUUACACACUAUCAAUGCCGCCGACGCCAAGCCAUCCCAAACAAAUAACCCGCUCCAGCGAUAACUUCGGCAUCGACUGUAGAUGGCAGAUACACGCACUGGUGGUGGUGGUGGUGGGUAUAAAGUAACAGCAGAGUAACGUCGCGCAAAGCAGGUGUUUAUGUUUUCUGUCAAAGACGCGUAUUUAUGGAAAUAAAACAUCAUGAGGACAACAAAACGCAUACCGGCAUUCGUCCAGUAACAAAGAUCUGCAGAAAGUUCGCGAAAGUGUGAAGACUGCAUUCUCAGCUAAUCUGCAACAAUGAAUUUCUCUCCUUUUGGUGGUCACUUUCCUGCGUCAAUUCCUACGAUUCAUCAGUUUGCGGCGAAAUUCACUCACGAUGGAAGUAGUGGAGGACUGCCACCCCAAGCUGUCAGUGAUGGUGGAGGUGCAGGACCACGUUAUCACACCAGCCCAGGACCAGCUCAUUUCAAUCAACAUCAUCCUCCCAUUGGCAUGCCAGUAAAUAUGGGAAAGUAUGUUAGAGAUGAUGGAAGGAAUAAUCCAGGCGCGCCUCAGGUUAACAAUAUGAUGAACCCAAAUUCAUCUAAGUACCAUGCAAGUGCUGCUAUAGCUGCUACUCAUCAUUAUCCAGGGGCUGUUGGUGUUCCUUACACGCAAGCGGGUUCAGUUCAGCAACAAAACAGACCUACCUCAUCCCCAUCCGUUCAGGAGCAGCAACAACAGCAGCAGCAACAACAACAGCAGCAGCAGCAGCAACAACAACAACAACAGCAGCAGCAGCAGCAGCAGCAGCAACCUCCUCCACCACAAUCUCGGCAGAUGCCUGAGAAACGGCCACCCUAUCAUGCAGGUGAUAUGCAACCCCAGGAUCUGUGUGCAGCAAUGAUGAGGGAAAACCCAGUGGGUGAGAAACCGAAAGAUGUGAAAUGUGAAGAUGUUGAUAAGGAAGAUCGACCUGGUUCGAAUGAAGCGGAGUAUGGUGGAGCUAUGGCUAUCCAUCAGCAUCACCACCACCAUGCAACACAGACAACAACAACAAUGCCAGCAUCGUGGCAAAGCUUAGCCACACCAGGUUCAACUGUUGCGGAUUAUCUUUCUCAUUUACCAGCUUCUACUUUACCUAUAAGCCUUCAUCACUUUCUUAAGUACUCAGCUGAGAACAUUAAAAAAGAAACAGAAAUGGUUGCAAAUUCUGCAGGUCCAGCAAUAGGUGUUGCAACAACAACAACACCAGGGGUUGUGGGGAAUAACGGACCUCAGGUUGGUGCAAAGAAAAAGAAGAAGAAGAAGGUUAACAAGGAAAAGAAGCCUAGACCAAAACCUGGAGAAAUUCGUCUUACAACAGCUUUAGAUGGUUCCACAUUGUAUUGUUGUCCCGAAUGUCAUAUGGCAUAUCCGGAGAAAGAGCUAUUAGAGCAACAUCUCCUGGGCCAUACUUUAGAACGUCGUUUUGUUUGUGACAUUUGUGGUGCAGGACUGAAGAGAAAAGAUCACCUCACACGUCACAAACAGAGCCACAAUCCUGAGCGUCCUUAUGUUUGCACGGUGUGUCUCAAAGCAUUUAAAAGGAAGGAGCAGCUUACUUUGCAUUUUGUCAUACAUUCAGGUGAAAAACGACAUGUGUGUACAGAAUGUGGCAAAGGUUUUUACCGCAAAGACCAUUUGCGGAAACACACACGCAGUCAUAUUGCUCGUCGUGUGAAGGCAGAACUCAGUCAGCAUGCUCCACAACCUCAGCACCCUCCAAACCAGCUCCAGGUCGCCACUGUGUCUGCAGAACAACCUCCACCUGGCCUGCUUUCCUGAAUGACGGCCAAUGGGAACUACGCCAGUGUUCCCAGCCUUCUUAACUCGGAUCUCUUGGCAUUUGUGUCUGCUGCUAAAGAUGCAUUCUAAAGUGUGAAACAGACUGCUGAUACUAUGAUAGGCUGUGGCCAUUUUAUUUGGCCCUGUUGCCUUUUCGAACUGAUAAUCUUGCUGGGCUUCAUAACAUGUGAUACAAAUUAAUAAGAAAUGCCAGCAUGUUGAAUUUUUAAUUGGUUUGUUGACGGCUCUACGUUAGCAGUGAUGAAAUGCGCAAGUUUGCUUCUGUGAUGUAGUAUUUUGGUAUACUAUUAGAGCACAUUUCUUUGUAAAUAGUUCCGUAAACAAUCCACAAAUAAUCAGGGAAUAUCACUUAUACAAAUCAACAUUUUUUCUGACCAAAAAGUGUUCAUAUUUACGUGGUCACUUUGCUUGAGCCAAGUCCAUUAUACUCAGAUGGCAAAUGAACUGCUUUUAAAAUGAAAUGAGAAGUUGGACUGUAGUGUACAUAAUAACCAGUAGUUUUAUGUACAACCUUACUGCACUUUUAAAGCGUGUAUCUGUAUUUAUUACUUUUAUUGUGAAGUAGUUCCACAUUUUGAAAUGUGAUUUUAUAGACGUUUUAUUUUACCUUUUUUCAUUUGUUGUGAAAUAUUGGUUGUGAAAUUUUACCUGCUUAGUUUUUUAUGGAGUUUUUUUGUUGAAGUGUGCCAUUUUCCAUAGUAUUGUAGGCCUAGCUGAUGUAAUAAAUAUUUUUGCCAUAGGGAUGUUUACCAGAUUCUCACCUGUGCAGAGGAUAAGAGAGAUAAAUACUCACAUAAUUUUUUUAGGUCAGUUGUAACUUUUGAGGAAUUUUUUCCAGGAAAAGCAUUAAUCCAGCUGGCAAAGCAGCUUGGUGAGAACAAGUCCCUUCAUUUGAGAUUAUGAGAAAGUAUUAUUUUUUAGUAAAUGUUAGUGACAGUAUUCAGGCAGGUACAUUUAAGGUAGUAUGUUAGUAAGAAAUGUAAUGUAAUAAGAGAACAUGUAAGAAGUUUUGAAUGUAUAGAGUGUAAGCAGGACACACAUAAUCAUCACAACUGGUACAAAAGAAAGCUUUUAAGUUAGUUGUAUUAACCGUGUACAAUCCUGCCAGAUACGUGCCAAUUUCUCCUCUCGUGCUUACUAGGCAUGAGCAUAACCUCCCGCAUGCAAUGCAAUAAUAUGUGCAUCUGCUUUGACACCAAAAGAAAACCAGUCACAAAUAUGUAUACUGAUAAUAAUGAUGGAAGCUGUAUUGGGGUAAAACUAUUGACUCUGAUUGUAGAUCAAUCAUGAAUUUUAUUAUGUUGAAACAUGAAAUUCCUUGAGAUAGUACAAAACACCAUGACUGAUGUAACUGUUACGCUUCAUUUCCUGUUCUCUUCAUCAACUGAAUGCUUGCUUUCUGGUAUGAAUGUAACUGUAUGUUCCAACAUGUCAGCAUGUACGAAUAAAGCUGUAAUUGUUUAUAGAGUGCGGUCUUUAUAAACAGUAUAUGUUGCUUGUGUAUUAAUAACUAAAAUUAUUAAAGUAUUUAAACAGA